AUGGAGUCACCUCAGUUCCCCUCCUAUUCUCAAUCCACCAGCGCCAAUCUAAUGACCCUCCCCUCGGAACUCCACAUCCAAAUAAGCACCUACCUUUCCUACCCAGAUGCCCUUGCUCUAAAACACAGCAGCCGCCACUUCUACUCAAUAGUCUUCACAGGAGUGCGCCUGAAGGUUGACUGGCUCAUCGACCGUUUUGAACACAAACUCGAAUGCCCCAUGGAGAAGUGCUCGUUCAGUACGGACGAGUCAUUUUGCAAUGGACGAGUCUGCAGCAUUAUGGAGCGCCGUCGUUGGCAUCUUGAGUGUCGACGGGUUAAGGGUGGCUGUCUGAUUGUUAAUGGCCAGACAUGCCGAACGGAUUUAAUGCCCGGUUGGUUUAGAAUGAGGACACAGGGGAAAAGGAGAGCUGUUAAGGUGAUGGAGAGCUGGGGAUAUGAAGGUUUGUUCACUCUUCGGUUCUAUCUUCUUCGCAUCUAA